AUGGCGGGCGAUAAUGAUAACAACGACUCACCCGAGUCGUCGCGUGGACCGUCGGGGCCUUCGGGCAUCGAGAGCUCUCAGUCGGACUCGUAUCUUCCGCCUCGAUCCACUGGUCCACCACGAAGGAGCUACGGCACUCUCGAUCCGUUUGACACGCCCAACCCGGACCCUCGAGCGGAGGAGGGCCCAGGCGAAAGCUCCAGUCGUGUUGUUCGCCCUCAGUCCCCAUCAGAUAAAGCAAGGAAGCCCCCAGUUUCGCGUCGUAUGUCUUCGAAGCGCCAGGUGCCCCAUAAAGGUCAGGAGUUCUCGACAGAUGAUGAUGUGAAGGAGGUCGAGGAGGACAUCGCCUUGCAGCACGGUACAACCACUCAACCCUCUCCACGAAUACGUCCCAUGCGCCAGCAGAGUUCCACCCUGAGGCGCCGACCCAGUGCCCGACCCAGUCCGCUGGCGAGAGCGGACUCGGACAAUUACAGCGAGGAGGAGACGAGCUUGCCGGACCCGGGCCUUGACAUUCACGUCGAACCCCCAUCUCGACAGUCAGACAACGAGAGCGAGCAUGAUAGUGAAGAGGAAGACCACGAGGACCACGAGACCGAGGAUGAAGCAACGAGUGAUGCCGAGAGCUUCACCCUCAAAGACCGCCAGCAAGCAAUUAACGAGACCCAUCCUUUUGGUAUCCGGAUCUGGAAGCCUGCCUUGUACAAGAAGAGUCGUUCCGUCGAAAAGACGGCGGAGGGCGACAUUCACUCGUCUCCAGGGGGUCGGGUUAGUCCUAUGCUCUUCCUGACCAAUCUGCUGUGGUCCUUGUUUUUUGGCUGGUGGCUCGCAUGUGCUGCACUACUGGCUGCAAUUGUCUGUUUUAUCUUCGCCUAUUCAUCCAGUGCCUUGGCCUACGGAAGGGUUUUCUGGGGCCUGUCGCGGUACCUGUUCUACCCAUUCGGAUCCUUUGUCUUGUUGGAGACCGACGAACACUACGCAGAAGAGGACGAGGGCGAGGGCCGCAGCAUCAGCGAAUAUGAGCAAUGGCAGAACGGUGAUAUAGAACAUGGCCGCCUGUUUUUUGGGCCUCGUCGCCAUCGAUCCCUGGUAGGUCGACGUCGGGACAGCGUCGAUUCAGCCGACGAACAGGACAGUCUUCUCGGUCGUCCCCAGCGUGGCCAACGCGACGACUUCCAGUUUGCUCCCUCGAAACGGCGUCUUUUUGGUCGGGGUGAAUGGACGCUAGGCCGCGUGGUUUUUUUCAUCUUUUUCUACUUCCUGGUGGGACCCCUGAUGCUCAUGGUGUCGCUUGUCUGCUGGCUGCUCGUUUUCUGGAUCCCCAUGGGCCGCGUCACAACUAUCCUCGUCAGCCAUCUUCGACGACAUCCGCUGGCCCUGUCGUUCCAUUCCGAUACAACAUAUACAAGAUUGAGCACGACCUCUUCAUCUUCCAUUCUCCUCUGUACCUAUCGGGCAGCUGGAACCAGGUACUGGAAGUACACCAUCGAUGGCACGAAUAUCUUUUUGAUUAACCUUCUCGGUGUCGUUCUGUUCGUGAUCCUGGACUAUUUCCUCUUGGACAAAUUCAUGGGUAUCCACAACUGGCUCACGCACCCUGGCUUGAUCUUCACCCUUGCCCUCUUUUCCAUCAUUCCUUUAGCAUACUUUAUUGGCCAAGCUGUCGCUUCAAUCUCCGCCCAAUCGUCGAUGGGCUUGGGCGCUGCCAUCAACGCUUUCUUCUCCACCGUCGUAGAGGUAUACCUCUAUUGCGUGGCCUUGACCGAAGGGAAAGCUCAGCUGGUCGAGGGCAGUAUCAUUGGCAGUAUCUUCGCCGGUAUUCUAUUCCUGCCGGGCUUGUCCAUGUGUUUCGGUGCCAUUAAGCGUAAGACUCAGCGUUUCAAUGUCAAAUCAGCCGGCGUGACUUCGACCAUGUUACUCUUUGCCGUCAUUGCGGCUUUUGGUCCCACGCUCUUCUAUCAAGUCUAUGGAAGCCAUGAAUUGAACUGCCAUUCGUGCACUGGACCAGUUGGAUCUGGGGACCGCGACUGUCGUCGCUGUUACUUCCAGCAGACUGCGGCGAUCUACGACCAGUUUUUCCUGAAAGCGGUGCAGCCGUACGCCUGGUUUUCCGCCGUGCUCCUGUUUUUGUCAUAUGUCAUCGGUCUCUGGUUCACCCUUAGAACCCAUGCUGCCCUUAUUUGGGCCACGGAGGUUGAGGAGAAGAAGGCUGCUCAAGCUGCCCAGGCCGCUCGAGAAUCUUUCCCCUAUGAACCACGCCACUUCCUCUUUCCCAGCGGCCAACCGGAAGCCUCUGGUGGGGCAACCGGGCGUAAGGAUUCCAUCCGUGAAUCGCAGCUGUACAAACGGAUUCUGGGCCAAUCGCUCAAGCAUGUUGGCCUGGAUGAGAACUGGGAACAUGGAGGUGCUGGGACGUCAGAUCAGAAAGGCGCAACGCCGCACCUAGUUCCACCAAGGUCUGCUGGCGAGCCUGCAUCGAAACCUGGCCGUGGCAGGCUUACUGAAGAUAACGAGUGCUUAGUGCGUCAAGUCACUGAAGUAGCCGCCACUGCGGCAGCCGUGGCAGCUCGUGAUGCCGCUCGGACUCGCAAGCUUGCUGUCCAAAAACAGGCUGAGCGUGCUCCUGGUGAGCAAGUAAGAACACCGGGCGAGGAGCCGGAUGAUGCUGGUUUUAUGGUCGAUUCCACCCAUGUUGCUACCGGCGGUGGGCACGAUGCACCAAACUGGAGCAAAGCAAAGAGCGCCAUCGUCCUCUUGGUGGCGACGGUGCUCUAUGCUGUGAUUGCUGAGAUUCUUGUCAAUACUGUCGACGUUGUCUUAGAGAGCGUGGACAUUGACGAGAAAUUCCUCGGCAUCACUCUCUUUGCCCUGGUUCCUAACACCACAGAAUUUCUGAAUGCCAUCUCAUUUGCCAUGAACGGCAACAUCGCUCUAUCCAUGGAGAUUGGUUCCGCCUACGCACUACAGGUCUGUCUGUUGCAAGUGCCAGCUCUGGUCUUGUUCAGUGCGCUGUAUGCCCACUUCAUUCAACCCUCCAAUCUCAUCAGCCACUCCUUCAAUCUGAUAUUCCCCCAGUGGGACAUGAUCACCGUCAUUCUGUGUGUCUUCCUGCUAUCUAACGUCUACGGCGAAGGAAAAAGCAACUAUUUUAAGGGCUCCAUUCUCGUCCUGACUUAUUUGGUUGUUGUGGUCGGCUUCUUCCUUUCCAGCUACAACACCAUGGACAACAUGGGCGUGGACCGCUUCGACACUCUGGCUUUGGGUAACAGUCAAUCUCAGAAAUUCUACACCGUCGGGCGGCCACAGGCUGGUGUGGCUUAUUAG